GCGCCAAUAAACCUCAGUCCCAAACCAAACUCAGCCAUUCUUCUCUUUUACCUGUCGACUGCCAAAACCCCAUUCCUCACUCCUUCCUCAUCCUCAAUCAUUAUCCCACCAUACUCCAUAGAGCCAUGUCCUCUUUCGCAGCAGCCACCAACGUAAUAACCAACACUCCACUCUCCUCCUCUUCCUCCGUACGCUCCCGCCGCAAUUCAUGUGCUAGUGCCGCCGUUCCCUACCGUGUUUCAUCCUUCAAACGCGAUCUUCCAUCCUCUUCAUCGCUUCAAAACCCUAAACCCCGUAAUUCCAUACUUCAAUCACUGUCUAAGCCUCUUGCUCUUGCUGGCGCUGGCGCUUCCGUCGCUACUCUCCUCCUGCGAUUUACUCCCAUUCUCAACGACGGACCUGGCAACUUUGGUGGUGAUAAUGGCGGAGAUUGGUUCGGAGGAGGCGGUGGUGGAGGUGGGGGCGGAGAUGGUUUUGGUGAGGGAGGGUUCUGGAAGCGACUGUUUUCUCCGGCGCCGGCAAUUGCCGACGAGUCGCAGUCACAGGAAUGGGAUUCACAUGGUCUUCCGGCUAAUAUUGUGGUUCAGCUAAGUAAACUGAGUGGCUUCAAGAAGUACAAAAUUUCAGAAAUCCUCUUCUUCGAUCAGUGGCGAGGGGCUACCGGGGGCACUGAAGACUCUUUCUUUGAGAUGGUCUCUCUACGACCUGGUGGAAUUUACACCAAAGCACAGCUCCAGAAGGAGCUCGAAACGCUAGCCACUUGUGGAAUGUUCGAGAAAGUAGAGAUGGAAGGAAAAGCUAACCCGGAUGGAACCCUAGGCAUAACUAUUUCAUUUUCAGAAAGCACCUGGCAAUCAGCUGAUAAGUUCAGGUGCAUAAAUGUAGGAUUAAUGACGCAAUCGAAACCCGUGGAAAUGGAUCCAGAUAUGACCGACAAAGAAAUGCUAGAGUAUUACAAGAAUCAGGAGAAGGAUUACAGGAGGAGGAUAGAGAAGGCGAGGCCGUGCUUGUUACCACCGGCAGUGCACAGAGAGGUGCUUCAGAUGUUGAGAGACCAGGGGAAGGUCAGCGCAAGGUUGUUGCAGAAGAUUAGGGAUAGAGUGCAGAAAUGGUACCAUGAUGAAGGUUAUGCGUGUGCUCAGGUUGUCAAUUUUGGGAAUUUGAAUACCAAGGAGGUAGUCUGUGAGGUGGUGGAAGGGGAUAUUACGCAGUUGGUUAUUCAGUUCCAAGAUAAGCUUGGGAAUGUUGUUGAAGGGAACACACAGCUUGCUGUUGUUAGGAGGGAAUUGCCCAAACAGCUUCGAAAAGGUCAAGUUUUUAACAUUGAAGCUGGGAAACAAGCUCUCAGGAACAUAAACUCAUUGGCCUUAUUUUCAAAUAUUGAAGUGAAUCCAAGGCCUGAUGAGAAGAAUGAGGGAGGAAUAAUUGUUGAGAUUAAACUUAAAGAACUAGAGCCAAAAUCAGCUGAAGUUAGCACUGAGUGGAGUAUUGUUCCAGGACGUGGAGGGCGUCCCACAUUGGCCUCAUUCCAGCCAGGUGGAACUGUUUCUUUUGAACAUCGGAAUAUCAAAGGGCUGAAUCGAUCCAUUCUUGGUUCCAUAACCACCAGCAAUUUCUUCUUGCCUCAGGAUGAUCUUGCUUUUAAGCUUGAGUACGUUCAUCCAUAUUUGGAUGGUGUAUAUAAUCCACGCAACCGUACUCUCCGUGCAAGCUGCUUCAACAGCCGGAAAUUAAGUCCAGUUUUCACUGGUGGACCAGGAGUCGAUGAAGUUCCUCCUAUAUGGGUUGAUCGUGCUGGCCUCAAAGCCAACAUUACAGAGAAUUUCACUCGUCAGAGUAAAUUCACUUAUGGAAUUGUGAUGGAAGAGAUAACAACACGAGAUGAAAGCAGUCAUAUCUCUGCCAAUGGUCAAAGAGUGUUGCCAAGUGGUGGAAUUAGUGCGGAUGGGCCUCCAACAACCCUCAGUGGUACUGGCAUUGACCGAAUGACAUUUCUACAAGCAAAUAUCACGCGUGAUAACACCAAGUUCAUAAAUGGAGCUGUAGUUGGUGAGAGGAACGUGUUUCAGGUGGACCAAGGCCUUGGAAUUGGCAGCAAGUUUCCUUUCUUUAACCGUCACCAACUAACCAUCACACGAUUUAUACAGUUGAAGAAAGUGGAGGAAGGUGCCGGUAAAUCACCACCACCUGUACUAGUCCUGCAUGGCCAUUAUGGCGGUUGUGUAGGAGAUCUUCCAAGUUAUGAUGCCUUUACCCUUGGGGGACCUUAUUCUGUGAGGGGCUAUAACAUGGGGGAAUUGGGAGCUGCUAGAAACAUCAUUGAGCUUGGAGCUGAAAUACGGAUACCUGUGAGAAAUACGCACUUGUAUGCAUUUGCUGAGCAUGGAAAUGAUCUGGGAACUUCUAAGGAUGUGAAGGGGAACCCAACAGAGGUCUACAGGAGAGUGGGUCAUGGUUCAUCAUAUGGUGUUGGUGUCAAGCUGGGUUUGGUACGUGCAGAGUAUGCUGUUGAUCAUAAUACUGGUACUGGAUCAUUGUUCUUUCGUUUUGGGGAAAGAUAUUGAAAGACAGUCGGUUACAUAGAUGUGCUCGGUACAUUUUGGCCAUUAGGUUUUUGGAGAAACUACCGGAAUCCUUGAUCAACUGAAAUUCCGUAGAACUAGAUGUGUGUUUUAAGUAAAGCGGCCUUUUUCCAAUAGGUUUUGGUGGUUACGUUUUUUCUUUAAAUCUGGUCCUAUAGAGAUUGAAAAUUGUGAGGAGAUUAUAACGUCUUGACUCUUCUUGAGCAUGUUGAUUUAUAUUUGGUUGUGCAAAACUGAAUAAAUUUGUAUGGUCAAGUGAGUUAAUUUUCUCCGUACUA